GUUCUCCAUCAGCGCCCCGUCACAUCGACUCGCUGGGCGUGCGAUUGCGUUGCCGGCAUACUCAUCUCGCGGACUGUACUUCUUGGGCGGUAA